AUGUCCAACUCGUCCUCGCCAAAACAGGCCCCUAGGCCACGCCCUCUACAUGUAUCCAGAUCUUUCACCCGCUUGGAGCCGAAUCCAGAGUCCCUACCAGCUUCUCCAUCCCGUGCGAGAGCCAGCACCAUCCAGACCAUCCCCGAAGCAAAAGACAUGACCUCCUUCUCGCACGGCGAUGUCUUUGAGAGCGUCGACGAAGAAAAGGCCGAGGAACCUGCCAUCAAUACUCCUCCUACGUUUGAUCAACUCCCCAUCGAAAUCCGAAGUCUGAGCGAGCGCUUUCUCAAAUCUCUGUCCGUCAAGACACACGCCAACNNCCCCCUGAACAUCGACACCAUCUCAGAACUUUUCCAAGAUUUCUACGAGCAGGCAGAAUCUCAUAUUUCGACCCAUAUCGCAACCCUUUCUAUUCGAUUAUCUAGAGACAAGUCUCCUUCGCGAUCCGCUGCGACAAAGGCCUUGGGCGGUGCACUCAAGGGGAGGAAGCAGAGCACUGAACAGACAGUCUCUCCAAACCGCCAGGGUGAGCAGCAGAUGCUUACAGCUUCAGAAGUUGCCGACCGACGCAAGGCUCGCCGGGACCUGGAAAUAAAGAGGUUGGCUUUGGAAGAAGCUGUUGAAAGAGCCGUGUGUGAAAAGGUCUACGAUCGCAUCUACCGACACAGGAGUGCAGAUGAUGAGGAGAGGGACGCAAAGCUUCGCUCGAGGACUGCCGCCUUGUCGCUGGUCGGCAUCGGCUUGAAAGAGCUACACGUCGACAUUGAACCCGCAAAGGGCAACGGCCUACCGACGGAUGAGAAAGAGCUACAUGACGAGAUAUUCAAGCUGCUCGCGCCAGCAAGAGACCACCUGCAACGCAUGGACGAACAUCGUUACCCUCUAGGCAAGCUGCAAAUGCUCACCGAGGCCCACAAAAGCAUUGUUGAAACGUUGUCGCGCAUCUUUCCUUCGACCUCAUCUGCUGACGAAGUUCUUCCUACCCUUAUUUACACUCUCAUGACUUCGCCCCCAGAGACUAUCAACGUAAUCAGCAAUUUGCACUUUGUCCAGCUCUUCCGUGCUCGCGCAAAGGUCGAUGGUGAGGCCGCCUACUGUCUGGUCAACCUCGAAGCUGCCAUCUCCUUCUUAGAAACGGUCGAUCUAGCUUCNCUGAGAGCUGACGAGGCUUCUCCGAAUGUUAUUCAAUCAGAGCCUCGCACCGACAGCGAGAAAUCUACCAAUUUUGCACGCCCGUCGAGCCCAAAGUCCCUUGCCCCUGGUUUGACGACGACAUCAGCCGUAUCUUCAGAUCUCAGUCCAGGAGACACUUCUGUCAAGCCACUUCCUUCGCAAGCUGCUCUUAGCAACCCAACUCGACCCGGUUUCGGACAACGACGCUUCUCGUCACUGAUACAAGCACAAGCCGAACGGAUAGAAGCCGGUCGAGACGAACUUAUGAACUCCGCUGACCAAGCCUUUGACGCCAUCAACUCGACCCUCGAAAACAGCUUUAAGUUUCUGUUUGGCCGUAUGAAGGAGCAAGGAGCUGGAACUCAAGAUUCUCCCAUCGUCAUGCCCAGGACCCUCGAGGAUGCUCGCAAACUCGUUAGUUCUCCGCCUCUGGUACCCAUGGACAGCCAUCCCAACUUUGCCGAAUCGCUCUCCUCAAGCCCUACCGCAGAACCCAUCUUAGCACCUCGCAUCGACAACACCAUGCUCAAUCUCGUCGGCGGCCGCCUGCGCGAACGCAGCGUAGACAGCAGCCGCAGCACCGGAAGCGGCAAACGCGUCAUCUUCAACGAGAAACCCAAUGCCUCCUCCACCGCCCAACUCGCCAACCACACCGCAAUCUCAUCUUCUCUGCCCACACAAUCUGCCGUCGAAUCCAUGGGCAACCUUAUGAACUCCAUCAACCCCUUGUCUCGUUUCGGCGGCUUUGGCAAAUUCGGCCGCUCGGCUUCCGCCAGUGGGUCUUCCACGCCAUCCACACCUGCCGCUUCGUCUGCUGUUAUGGCGGAGAAAACAAAGCAAUUGGGAUAUAUCCCCGAGUCUGAGAAGGCUGCUGUGCAAAGUGGCAAUACUGUGCAGUCAGAAGUUGAUCUAGAUGCCUUGGAAACAUUGGCGCGUUUGAANAANGCGACACCCCCAAUUCAGAGAUUUGUGGAUGUGAAGAGUGUCAAUGAGCUCAGGAUUGGCGAUGUAGAGGAGUUGUUGAAAGAGUAUCAGCGGUUGGCUGCUUUGAUUAGUGAGACUGUGAAUGCAUAG